GGUCGAACUCGAACCGCGGCCGGUUCGCGACACCCCUAGUUUUAUUCAACCUUCGUAGCGAAGCGAAACUGGCGAAACAGCGUCGUUCCACGUGACCUGCGCCCUGCUCUGGGCGUGAUUGCCGUGUUUCCGCUUCCGGGGUUACCAUGACGACUCGGGCGUAAAGCAAUGGUUGCCGUGUGUCCUGCUUCAUGUAAUACGCGACGCUUCGUAGUUAGAGCCUGCUUCGUUUUAGUUAGCGUCUUAGUGUUUUCGUACUGCUUGUCAUUCGUCUUAUUCACCGACUGGGAAAGAGAACAACUCUACAAGUCGAAACCCGAAGGCGGUGGACAUCGGUAUACUGGCAAGCAUGAAGACAUCAAAGUCCCGGUUAUCCUCUGGUGGACUCCCUUUACGAAGGAACCUGGACGCACAAAGGCGUGCAGCAACCGGUCUUGUUUCUUCACGGAAGACAGAGCUUUCUUCAACCACACAAGGCUUUAUGCCAUUGUGUUCUAUGGUAGUGAGCUUGAAGUUGGAGACCUCCCCUUGCCAAGGAAGGCAAACCAUGAUUGGGCACUUCUUCAUGAGGAAUCGCCAAAGAACAACUUCCUUUUCUGCAUGCCCAGUGUCCUGCACUGGUUCAACCACACGGCAACAUUUAGUAGAAACUCUGACCUUCCUCUUACCCUUCAAUACUUGAGUGGAGCGAAGGACCUCACCAGCAAAGAGUUUUUCCAAGAAACCUCCAAAAAGAACCAAGCUCGAAUCCGGCUUGCCCCCAUCGCCUACGUGCAGUCGGACUGCAACACCCCCAUCGAGAGAGACGCGUUUGUUUCAGAGCUAAUGAACUACAUUGAUGUGGAUUCCUAUGGGAAGUGUGUGCACAACAGGGACCUUCCGGAAGGCAUGACUAACGCAAUGGAUGCGAUGGACGACAAAGGUUUCUGGCACCUGCUUGCCCGUUACAAAUUCCACCUGGCAGUCGAAAACUAUGGAAGUGACGACUACAUCACGGAGAAGCUGUGGCGUCCUCUGAUCGUCGGCUCCGUCCCAAUUUACCACGGCUCCCCGUCCGUCGCAGACUGGCUUCCCAACGGUUCUCAGAGUGCCGUCCUCAUCUCAAACUACACUGGACCCAAACAGCUGGCAGAGGUCAUUAGGAGGAUAGACAGAAAUCACAUGCGCUACGAGAGCUUCUUGGACCACAAGAUCCAUGAAAGGAUCUCCAACCAGCGUUUACUCAAUGCCCUUCGCCAUCGAAGAUGGGGUGCCAACAACGAUCCUCACAAGCCAAACUUUGUUGAGGAGUUUGAAUGCCUCAUCUGCGAAAGGCUGUGGAAAAGACUGCACAGCUCGAACAUUCGUUACAUGGCCGACGAGACCCACUACAGCUGCGAGCCACCAAAGAGCAUACUGAAAGAACAUGCUGGAACUUUUUGGCCAGAAUUGUUCAAGCAAGCCGAGUUGGAAGCAAGAGUGCUCGAGUCUCUCCUGCAGAGAAAUAUUCCAUUUGGGGAGGCAGAUGUGCAGGCUAGUGUACUUGAACUCUUACAAGCACAUCCAACAGGGUGAGAACAUCAAGCGUUGUUAACACAGGUACCGCAUUCAAUAGAGUUAGUGACAGAUUUAAAACAAUUUUUUAAUCCCUAGAGGUAGUAGCACUUAGUGCAAUUUGAAGUUUGACAGCCUUGUGGUCGUAACAUUUGCUGCAACAUGUUUGAGCCUUGUUCCUUUCUGUAUGUUUAGGAACAAGGCUCAUAAAAUACAAUUUCUA